GAACUGACUGUGGAGCGCCCCUAUUCCCAAAGCCAAUUUUAUCAUUUUCACAUCAAUCAUCCAACCUCAUUAAUGUUUUUUCUAAACUGUAACGUAACCUCCUUAAUUUAAUCAAAGUCCUAAUGAAAGUAAAAACCAAUCAACUACCUGUAAAUCAGAUGACACGUGUCAGAACCCCACGAUAAUCAUCCAAAAAUAUACACCGAGUAUACUCCACUGUGAUCAAAACCCUUUGCCAUAUUUAUUACUGUUUUCCUUCUUCAAUUCUUGUUGGCUAAGUAAACCUUUUCCCAUCAUCAAGCUUAUUGAAGUCCGCUCUUUUCUCUUCUACCUUAAACAGUAUAUUUUCAAAAUCAAAAAAUUAAAAUAAAAUAAAAUAAUAAUUUACUAGAAUUUGCUGGCUUACUGUAUGGGUGGCGAUACAACAUCUCCUAAUUCUCCUCUCAUGUAUACAACAGAAGAAUCAUCUUUUGAUCAAAACGUCUUUGAGAAUCCACUAAGCUCACCUAUGCUUCUCAGUGGUGAUGAUCAUCCUGGCUCAAAAGUGGAGGAUGGGGAAGUUGGACUAGGUUCUAUGGAUUUGGAGGAAUUCGUUCGAGCUUCUUCAAAUUCCAUAGAUGAUGUUAACCAAAAGUGUUUAAGGAAUGUAUAUAUGGAUGUUCUCAAGAGCUAUGAGGAGCUGAAGUUCCAUAAGGACUAUUUGAAGGAAGCCAAAGAUAAAAUUUUGAGUUACACCCCUGGAUCAUGGAUUGAGGAGGUGGGUGGCAUGAAAGCGAGCGAUUACAAUAUACCAAAAAAGAUGACACUCUUGUUGAUUGGUCCAAGAGGAUCUGGAAAAAGCAGCCUUGUUAACAAGAUUUCCAGGGUAUUCGAUGAUGAUCCUUUUACACCAGAAAGAGCUCAAGUAUCGUAUUCUUCUGAUGGAGAUGGGACAUACUUUCUCCAUGAGUACACGAUACCAAGAGGUUCAAGCUCUUUCUGUUUGUAUGACACACGUGGUUUGUCGGAUGAUUCGAAUGAAAAUGAGAAAAUGGUGAAGCGCUGGAUGAAAAAGGGGGUGUGUCAUGGGAAACUAAUACGGAGGGGUUCUGAUGAUGCAGAGAUGAAGUCUAAAGCUCGCCGAAAUAGAUACUGUGCCACUGAGACCAAUGUGGUUAGUUGUGUCAUAUUUGUUGUCAGUGCGGUCCAAAUGCUGCAAUCGAUGGACAGUGAUGAUGAAACAAAGAGACAACGAGCUCAGGCUGUUGCUACAACUUUCAACUACCCUCUCUUAUCGUUCAAAGAUGAAAAGCCUAUUGUUGUGCUCACACAUGGUGAUUUACUUUCACUCUCGGACCGUACACGCAUUCGCAUGUAUUUGGGACAGCUGCUGGGUAUUCAUCCGAAGAAACAAAUUUUUGACAUCCCAGAAAGUGAUGAUUUAGGAACUAGGUUGACUGUACUCAACAUGCUUCGCCAUUGUCUUGAGCUAGCUGAUAAAAAUCUACCCUUCAAAAAUUACCAACCUUUCGAAGGCCCAUAUCGGAGCAAGGGUCUCUUGAAGAUGCUAGUGUCAUCUCUACUGGUAUAUGCGGUUCUAGCAAUACUUAUCGGACUGGGCUUUAUGUUCAUGAAUACACUCCAAGCCAAGGUUGCUUCUGUUCCCAAUUCACAGGUAUCGCAAGCACGUGUAGACGGAGAUAGUUAUGCACCUAUUGUUGAUUUUGUACCCAAUCUUCAGCCUGAGGCAAUGCAACCACAUGUAAACUUAGAUUGUCAUGCAAGUGAGGCUGAUUCUGUCCGCGAUCUUCAGCCUGAAGCUCCCCAAUCAGAUGAAAACUUAGAUUUGGGUGCAAUGCAACCACAUGUAAAAUUGGAUUGUCAUGCAAGUGAGGUUGAUUCUGUUUGUGAUAUUCAGCGUGAGGCCCCCAAAUCAGAUGUGAACUUAGAUUGUCAUGCAAGUGAGGUUGACUCUGACUAUGAUCUUUCAGAUUGUCAUGCAAGUGAGGUUGACUCUGAUUACGAUCUUCACCCUAAGCCCCCCGAGCCAGAUGAAAACUUGAAUUGGGGUGCAAUCCGACACUUAUGGUUUGGCUAAGUUUAUUGAUGAGCUCGAAUGUAUAGAGGUUGAUGCACUUAUCUAGAGCUAGUUAUGUGUUUCGACUCAAGAAUACAUGCUUUCUGUGUAUAAACAGCAUUAGCUGUCUUACUUUCAGCUAUAAUUCUCUUGGAGAAGAGUAACGUUCUUUAGAAACUCGUUGUACAGUUGAUCAUUAUUAGUGUUUUAACUGUGCUGUUUUACUA